AUGUUGCGGUCAUUCUCCAAGGCCAGCGGCCUGGCCGGCCGGGCCGCCUCGCCUGCAUCGCGGUGUGCCAUAGCCGGGCUGUCGCGGUCGUUUGCCUCCAAAGCUCUCGCGGCCGGCCGUCAACCAUUGGCGCUGACGACAUACCAGCAGCAGCAGCAGCGGCUGUAUGCCAGCGCGGCUUCAUCGGCCCCAGAUCCGAAUGACAGCUUUCUCUCAGGCAAUACGGCCAACUACAUCGACGAGAUGUACCUGCAGUGGAAGCAGGACCCCAAGAGCGUGCACGUGUCGUGGCAGGUGUACUUUCGGAACAUAGAGAGCGGCGAGAUGCCCAUUUCACAAGCCUUCAUCCCGCCACCGUCGCUGGUGCCGAGCUCAACUGCCGGCGUGCCCGGACUGGGUGCCGGCACUGGGCUCGGGCUUGCGGACGACUCGGCCGUCACCAACCAUCUGAAGGUGCAGCUGCUGGUGCGCGCAUACCAGGCCCGCGGCCAUCUCAAGGCCGACCUCGAUCCGCUCGGCAUCCGCAACGAGUCCAAGGCACUCGAACACGGCACGCCCAAGGAGCUCACGCUUGAGCACUACCAGUUCAGCGAAAAGGACCUGGACACCGAGUACAGCCUUGGCCCCGGUAUCCUGCCACGCUUCAAGAAGGACGGCCGCGAGAAGAUGACGCUGCGCGAGAUCGUGGCUGCCUGCGAGAACAUCUACUGCGGCUCGUACGGUGUCGAGUUCAUUCACAUUCCCGACCGCGAGAAGUGCGACUGGUUGCGCGAGCGCAUCGAGGUGCCCCAGCCCUUCAAGUACUCGAUUGACGAGAAGCGCCGGAUUCUCGAUCGCCUCAUCUGGAGUUCCAGCUUCGAGAGCUUCCUCGCGACCAAGUACCCCAACGACAAGCGUUUCGGCCUCGAGGGCUGCGAGACUCUCGUUCCCGGCAUGAAGGCCCUGAUCGACCGCAGCGUCGACUACGGCGUCAAGGAUAUUGUCAUCGGCAUGCCCCACCGUGGCCGUCUCAACGUGCUGAGCAACGUGGUGCGCAAGCCGAACGAGUCCAUCUUCAGCGAGUUUGCCGGCACGGCCGCAGCCGAAGACGAGGGUUCCGGCGAUGUCAAGUACCAUCUGGGUAUGAACUUUGAGCGCCCUACGCCGUCGGGAAAGCGUGUGCAGCUCUCGCUCGUGGCCAACCCGUCUCACCUCGAGGCCGAGGACCCCGUCGUCCUUGGCAAGACUCGCGCUAUCCAGCACUACAACAACGACGAGGCGACCCACAACACCGCCAUGGCCGUGCUGCUCCACGGUGACGCCGCUCUGGCUGCCCAGGGCGUCGUGUACGAGUGCCUGGGCUUCCGCUCGCUGCCCGCUUUCUCCACCGGCGGCACCAUCCACCUGGUCGUCAACAACCAGAUCGGCUUCACCACUGACCCGCGCUUUGCCCGCUCCACGCCCUACUGCACCGACAUCGCCAAGGCCAACGACGCACCCGUGUUCCACGUGAACGCCGACGACGUCGAGGCCGUCAACUUCGUCUCGCAGCUCGCGGCCGAUUGGCGCGCCGAGUUCAAGCAGGACGUCAUCAUCGACCUCGUGUGCUACCGCAAGUACGGCCACAACGAGACGGACCAGCCGUCCUUCACCCAGCCGCUGAUGUACAAGCGCAUCCAGGUCCACGAGCCGCAGAUCGACAUCUACGUGGACCAGCUGCUCAAGGAGGGCACCUUCACCAAGGAGGACAUUGACGAGCACAAGAAGUGGGUCUGGGGCAUGCUGGAGGACAGCUUCUCGCAGUCCAAGGAGUACCAGCCGCACUCCAAGGAGUGGACCACGUCUGCCUGGAACGGCUUCAAGUCGCCCAAGGAGUUGGCCACCGAGAUUCUCCCCCACAACCCCACUGGCGUUGACCAGAAGACGCUUGAGCACAUCGGCGAGGUCAUUGGCAGCGCCCCCGAGGGCUUCAACCUGCACCGCAAUCUGAAGCGCAUCCUGAACGCCCGCACCAAGUCUGUCGUCGAGGGCAACAACAUCGACUGGUCCACCGCCGAGGCUCUGGCUUUUGGCUCUCUCGUCACUGAGGGCCACCAUGUUCGCGUUUCCGGCCAGGAUGUCGAGCGCGGCACCUUUUCGCAGCGUCACUCCGUCUUCCACGACCAGGAGACUGAGGACACCUACACCCCGCUGCAGCACAUCAGCAAGGACCAGGGCAAGUUUGUCAUUUCCAACUCGUCGCUGAGCGAGUUUGGCGCCCUCGGCUUCGAGUAUGGCUACUCGCUCACCUCGCCCAACGCCCUCGUCAUGUGGGAGGCCCAGUUUGGUGACUUUGCCAACAAUGCCCAGUGCAUCAUCGACCAGUUCAUCGCCUCUGGUGAGGUCAAGUGGAUGCAGCGCACCGGCCUCGUCAUGUCUCUGCCGCACGGCUACGACGGCCAGGGCCCCGAGCAUUCGUCUGGCCGCCUCGAGCGCUACCUGCAGCUCUGCAACGAGGACCCGCGCCAGUUCCCCACCCCAGACAAGCUGGACCGCCAGCACCAGGACUGCAACAUCCAGAUCGCCUACAUGACCAGCCCGUCCAACCUCUUCCACAUCCUGCGUCGCCAGAUGAACCGCCAGUUCCGCAAGCCCUUGAUCAUCUUCUUCUCCAAGUCGCUCCUGCGUCACCCGCUCGCUCGCUCGAGCAUUGAGGAGUUCACCGGCGAGUCUCAGUUCCACUGGAUCAUCCCAGACACUGCUCACCAGGACGGCUCCAUCAAGGCGCCUGAAGAGAUCAGCCGCGUCAUUCUGUGUUCUGGCCAGGUGUAUGCCGCUCUGCAGAAGUACCGUGUCGACAACCAGAUCACCGACGUGGCCAUCACGCGUGUCGAGCAGCUGCACCCCUUCCCGUGGCAGCAGCUGAAGGAGAACCUGGACCAGUACCCGAACGCCCAGACGAUCGUCUGGGCCCAGGAAGAGCCGUUGAAUGCAGGCGCCUGGACCUUCACGCAGCCCCGCAUCGAGACCAUCCUGAACCAGACCCAGUACCACGACCACAAGCACGUCAUGUAUGCUGGCCGGAACCCCAGCGCCUCCGUGGCCACCGGCACCAAGGCGACACACAACAAGGAGGAGCAUGACCUGCUGGAGAUGGCCUUUACCGUGAGGCAGAGCAAGCUCAAGGGGGAGUAA